AAGAGAGCUGUUUUCCACGCGUUGAACUGGAAGGAACGUUUGCGACUUGUUCUGAGUCAGCCUUCUUGAUACAGAGGUCUUCUCUUUGAAAUACGUUGCUCCCUCUCCGUUCACUUCCCUGAAACUCUCCUUUCUUCGUCGUUUUCGCGUCGGCCGCGAUCCCCGCCUCAUCGGGAAAAGCGCGUCGGUCGCGGAGUCACCGAACUGGCGUGGAUGUGCAAGGAUUUUUACUUCAUCUCUUGCACUUGCUCGUCUUUCACUUGACAGUCAAUGCCUCUGGAACUCCAGAAACAGAAGCGUUCCGCCAGUAGCGCCGCAAAAUGCAGACAACAGUGAGCAUUCCGUGUGCUUGGAGGCACAACACCCUCUUUUCAUCUCUGUGCCCUCCUCAGUUGAAGAGUCACCGUCAACUUGUUCGACGGAAGGACCGGCGGGGGCAUUCUCUGCUGUCUCGACAACGAAGAGAGACGCGAAAGUUACCUUUCAUCCUUUGCUCCCAGGACGAUUCCACUCCUGCGGGUCUCCCCUCUUUUGCUGCUCGGUCCUCCUCUUUUCCCCAGGGUCGCGGGUCUUCUGAUCACGUUUCUUCUGACUCUCUUGUCUCUGCGUCAUGCUUUCCCGCGUUGCUUUCUUCUUCUUCGACUUCUCCCGUUUCUCAGCGAGUGCCGCGUUGUCUUCCGCCGCCGGUCUCUCCCGCCGCCACUCCCCGGUCCGGCGCGCAGUCUUCUUCGUUGUAUUUCGUUUUUUCGGCUAAAAGAAGGAUUUGUUUCCAGCGUCUUCUUGCUCAUUCUUCAAGAACAGCACCAGAGUACCGGACUCCAGGUCCUCUCUUUUUGCAUGACCUCACACAGCCCAAGUUCUCUCUGUCUCGUUGUCUCUCUCCUUUCUCUCUCGCGCCGACUCAACGCAUCGCUCUCCAUAGUCGACGGAUAAGGCCGUCUGCACAACCUGCCUUCUCUCUCGCGCCUUCGUCCUCUCCUGCUCCGUGCUCGGCUUCGUCUUCUCCUCCUCCGUCUUCUGCUCCUUUUUCUUCUCAUCCUCUUUUUUCUCCUUCUGCCUGUCAUCCUCGGUUUUCUGCGUCGUUUUCUUCCUCUCCUUCGCCUCCUUCUGCUUCUCGCAGUCGGAAAGUGCACCUCAUCGACGACCCUGGAGACUGCGACGCGAUUCUGGAUGAGCUCUUCUUCGCUCCGUCCUCCUCUGCUCUUCUUCUCCCGCCCUCUCCCCUCACCACUCACCUCAUGGUCCACAGGCAAAUGUCCUCUUCGUCUCUCUCCUCCUCCUCCUUCUCCUCCUCCUCCUUCUCCUCCUCCUCCUUCUCUUCGUCCUCCUCUGCUUCUCCGUCGACGUCUUCUCCCUUUCUCUCUGGGGACUUUUCUCGACAGCUGGUGGCGCUGGACUGCGAGGGAGUGACGCUCGGCAGAUUCGGUCGCGUCUGCACAGUGCAGCUGGCGACGCCUACGCACACGUUGCUCCUCGACGCCCUCAAACCUGGCGUUGUGGGAGGGAACCGGAAGUUGAAGGACGUUCUAGAAUCGCCUCAUAUUGUCAAGGUUUGUCACGACUGUCGCGAAGACGCCUCUGCGCUUCUUCACCAACACACCAUUCGCCUGAGAAACGUCUUCGAUACGCAGGUCGCGCAUCAAAUAUGGAGUGAGCAAAAGGAAGGCGCCCUCUUUCAAGCGUCUCUCUCUGAGUUGUUUCGGAGCUUCUUAAAUCUCCGAGACGGCGGCAUGUCGAAACAGGCGAAAAGCGCCAUGGAAGCAGAUCCAUCUGUCUGGUGUCAACGACCGCUGCCGACGGAUCUCCUGAGAUACGCGGUCUUCGGCGUUUCUCAUCUUCUAGACCUCGCUCAUGUUCUUUCCUUCCAUCUUUCCUCAUGCAACGAAGUAAUUCGAAGGAGCUGUGAAGUUUAUUUGCCUUACCGACACCUGAACAGUCACCUCAACUCGCCCGCAGAAAUCGCAUCUCCCGGCGCAGUCAUUCAAGGCAUGGUGGCCGCGCGAACUUGCGCAGGUUUAACGCUGAAACUCAACUGCGGGAGAAACGGAGUCGUUUCGACGCCUGCUGCUCUCUCGCGCUUCCACGAUGUAAAGCUCGGAGACAUCGUCGACGUCCAAGUUGCCAGUGUGUCUCAGGAUGGGCAAACUGUCUAUCUCGAUCGCUACGACAGCCUCUACAACUACUGGAAUCUCAAAGAGAGGCCGAGAACGCGGCAUCAAACAGCGAUGGCGUUGACCAGCGAGUCGCAGGUCGAUCCGUUGCUGCUCUUAACGCCAGACGAGGAUGAAGGGUCGUGA